AUGCAGUGGCCUGUCUUACUAGUCGCCGUCCCUGUAUUCUGGUCCACAGUGGUAGCAGCACUUCCGACCUCCUCAGACGACAACGUCCAUACUGCCCAAACCAUCCCAUAUAUCGACCCCACACUCACCGAUCCGCUAUGGUUAAAAUACGGCCUGAAUGCUUCGGCCGAAUAUAAAUAUUUCCAUGAACCUGGCAGGGACGAUAUCCUCGGCCACUAUGAUUCCAGAUUCUUCACCAAGCCUGUCGGCGACGCCAGACGCUCAGAAACACUCACCCACAUGAUCCGCGCAUACCUCAACUUUUUCAAUGAGAAUAAUCUAGAGACUUGGAUUGCUCACGGCACAUUACUAGGCUGGUGGUGGAAUGGAAAGAUUCUUCCUUGGGAUUGGGAUGUAGAUACCCAAGUACCAGAAACCACCCUUGCCUAUCUCGGAGAUCACUUCAACCAAACACUCGUCGAAUACUCUGCUCCUGACAGCGCUGUCGAGCGCAGAUAUCUAAUCGACAUCAACCCUUGGUCCCGCCAGCGCGAGCGAGGAAAAGGCCACAAUAUCAUCGAUGCGCGCUGGAUCGAUAUCGACACUGGUCUCUACAUCGACAUCACCGGACUGAGCAGGCUAGAACCGGAGAAAAAUCCCGAUAUCUGGCAGUGCAAGAAUUUUCACAAGUACAAUAUCGGUGAAAUAUACCCUCUACGAUGGACAACUUUCGAGGGCGUUUCGGCCAAGGUUCCGUUCCAGUACGAUUAUAACUUGAUCGAGGAGUACUCUCGAAAAGCUUUGACAAAUACAAAGUUCCAGAAUCAUACUUGGUUGCCGGAGCUUGCAGAGUGGGUUCCUGAUAAGACUAUUGCUCGAUUUGCCCAUCAUUCACCCGAUGAAGAUGACGAGAGACAAUAUGAGUGA